UUUUAAUUUAUAGAAAAAGACUUUUUAUUAACCAAAACAAAAAUGAAAACAACAACGUGUUUAAUUGUGUUAGCGGCUGUUUUCGGUGCUGCACUUUCCCAAGAAAACUUCAAAUGUCCAGAUGAUUUUGGAUUCUACCCACAUCAAACUUCUUGCGACAAAUAUUGGAAAUGUGACAACAGUGAAGCUGAACUCAAAACUUGUGGAAAUGGAUUAGCUUUUGAUGCAUCAGACUCAAAAUACCUUACCGAAAACUGUGACUACUUACACAAUGUAGACUGUGGAGACAGAACACAACUUGAACCAGCAAUUUCAACACCACAUUGUUCCCGUUUAUACGGUAUCUUCCCUGAUGACAAGAAAUGUGAUACUUUCUGGAAUUGUUGGAAUGGUGAAGCUUCAAGAUACCAAUGUUCACCUGGUCUCGCUUAUGACAGAGAAGCACGUGUAUGUAUGUGGGCCGAUCAAGUACCAGAAUGUAAAAAUGAAGAAGUUGCUGGAGGUUUUGCUUGCCCAGCUGCUGGUGAAAUCAGCAAUGCAGGUUCAUUCUCAAGACACGCUCACCCAGAAGAUUGCCGCAAAUACUACAUCUGUUUAGAAGGAGUUGCUCGGGAAUAUGGUUGCCCAAUUGGAACAGUAUUCAAAAUUGGAGACAGUGAAGGUAGCGGAAACUGUGAAGACCCAGAAGAUGUUCCCGGAUGCGAGGAUUACUAUAAGGAUGUGGACCUAAAAGCAUUGAAAAAAUUGGGAUACUAAGAUAAUGAUUAAACAGAGAGUAAAUGAAGAAACAACAAAACACUUCAGGAAUGACUAUUUCGAAACAUGUUGAAAAGACUUUCAAAACAAUUGUGAUUAACAAAUUGUUGUUAGCCGUAAAAAGAUAAUAUUGUUAUCAAUUUUUUUUAAAUUUACCAUUGCAUCAUCAUAAAUAGCCUACAAAAGAUUAAAAUCAUUCUCGUUGCCAAA